CCCAUUGGUUCUCCAUUACCGCCCUUUUCCGGGGCAGGGAAACUGGCCGCAGAGCCGGAAGCGGGGUAGCCCUCGGGCUUGAGGGGGCGGCGGUGUGGAAAACAGAGAACCUGGUGCCAUUGGAGCUGGCCAGCUUCUCCAUUCAGGCUCCAGCCCGAGUUGAAGACCCCCCAGGAUUCCGGUGGCCUAUGGAAAAGAUCGCAUCGCGAGGUAUCCGGCGCAGACCGAAACAGCGCAGCCACUGAAAGCCGCCGGAAGCUUCGCCCCUAGGAGGAGUCGAGAAGCCUCGCCGUGGAGGAAGGAACCCAGAGGGCCUGCCCCCGGGGCGGAGCCCGCGGCCAUGGCCACGCCCCCGGGGGCCGGUCCCGCGGCUCUGCGCUUCGCCGCCGCCGCCAGCUGGCAAGUCGUGCGGGGACGCUGCGUGGAGCAUUUUCCGCGAGUAUUAGAGUUUCUGCGAUCAUUGCGCGCUGCUGCCCCUGGUUUAGUUCGCUUCCGCCACCACGAACGCCUAUGUAUGGGCCUAAAGGCCAAGGUAGUGGUGGAGUUGAUCCUGCAGGGCCGGCCGUGGGCCCAGGUUCUGAAUGCCCUGCAUCACCAUUUCCCAGAGUCUGGACCUGUAGUGCGGGACCCCAAAGCUACAAAGCAGGAUCUGAGGAAGGUCUCGGAGGCACAGGAGACCUUUUGCCAACAGGUGAAGCAACUAGGAGAGGCCCCAGUGGACUUGGCUUCCAGGCUGCAGGAACUUGAACAAGAGUAUGGGGAACCCUUUCUGGCUGCCAUGGAAAAGUUGUUUUUUGAAUACUUGUGUCAGCUAGAAAAAGCCCUGCCUGCACUGCAGACACAGCAGCUUCAGGAUGUGCUGAGUUGGAUGCAGCCUGGAGUUUCUAUCACUUCUUCUUUUGUCUUGAGCCAGUAUGGUGUGGACAUGGGGUGGCCACUUCCAGAGUGCUCCGUUCCCGAUUCAGCGAGCGUGACAGAGCCCACAGAGCAGAAUCCUCCUCAGCAACCAAAACUAGCACUUCAUGAUCCUUUGCCAAAUGCUAGGCCUGGCCCACACCUACCUCAGGGACCAGCCUUAAGGAAGCACUCAGAACCUACGGCUGGCCACCACUUCAAUCUGGCCCCUCUAGGCCGGCGAAGAAUCCAGUCCCGAUGGGCAUCCACUAAGGGAGGCCAUAAGGAGCGCCCCACAGUCAUGCUGUUCCCCUUUAGGAAUCUGGGUUCACCAACCCAAGUCCUAUCUGAGCCUGAGAACAGGGAAGAACAUGGGACAGACAUGGCAGAUCCAGCAGGUGCUGGGGGCACGAGAGCACCUUCCAUUGGAAAGUCAAAGAGUCCAUCCCAGACCCUGGGGGGAAGGGCUCUGAAGGAGAACCCAGUUGAGGUGUUUGCUUCAGAGCAAGAAGAGUGA